GAUUCAAUUGAGUUUACGACUCUUUGGGAUAAAGUUCAACUUUUUCUGGAGGCGUCUUUCUUUCGCGUUUCGUGUUUCAACUGAAGUAAAUAAAAUAUUUGGGAAAAUGGCAAGUUUCCGAAGUUUCUUCCGCCCUCGCUGGUCGUCUGUUGAGCGGCUGGACGGUAAAACUGCGCUCAUCACUGGAGCUAACACCGGCAUCGGCAAGGAAACAGCCAAAGAUCUGGCCGCGAGAGGGGCCAAAGUCAUCAUGGCGUGCAGAGAUAUGGAGAAGGCGGAAGCAGCGAUGAAGGAAGUCAAGGAGGCCUCGGGCAACGAAAACAUCAUCUGCAUGAAACUGGACCUGGCCGACUCCAAGUCCAUUCGAGAGUUUGCUGAGGCCAUCAACAACGGAGAAUCCCAGCUCAACAUCCUGAUCAACAACGCCGGAGUCAUGAUGUGCCCGUACCAGAAAACCGCAGACGGUUUUGAGAUGCAGAUCGGAAUCAAUCACUUUGGUCACUUCCUGUUGACGCAUCUAUUGAUCGACCUGAUCAAACGCUCGACUCCGGCCCGGAUCGUCACCGUGUCGUCCGUCGCUCACUCGUGGAGCGGCAUCAACCUGGACGACAUCAACAGCGAGAAGAGCUACGACAAGAGGCGAGCGUACUCCCAGAGCAAGCUUGCUAACGUCCUCUUCUCCCGCUCGCUGGCCCAGCGACUGGAGGGAUCAGGCGUGACCACAUACUCGCUCCACCCCGGAGUGGUCCAGACUGAUCUGUGGCGCCACAUGAACAAGUUCCAGCAGACGGCGGUUAAGAUGGUGCGCAGCUUUACCAAGACUACAGUAGAGGGCGCUCAGACGACCAUCUACUGCGCCGUAGAGCCGGCGCUGGAGAAGGAGAGCGGAGAGUACUACAGCGACUGUGCCAAGUCCAAGUGCUCCUCCUCCGGCAGAGACGACGCACUGGCGCAGAAGUUGUGGGAACUGAGCUGCAAGAUGCUCAACAUCGACUGGCCAUGAGUCUUGUGAUGCAAAAAUACUAAUAUAGACUUGAAUACUGUAACUAGUACAUAUAAUUUAUUCCAAAAAACAUUUUUUUUUUACUGAAAGUGAUGUUUGCUGCCGACAGAGAGAGAAGAUUCUACAUUAAAAUCGUCCCUUUAAAAAUAGUAUCUGUGGCUUUUGUUUUCCGAGGAGGUUAUUUUUUUCGCCUGUGUUGGUUUGUCUCUCUGUCUGUGCUCAAAGUGACUUGAAAAGUUAUGGGUGGAUUUGGAUCAGCGAUGGUCUUGUCCUUCAUGCAAGGAACAAAUGAUCAGUUUUGGGUGUGAUCAUUUUUGUUUUAAAGAAGGCAGAUGUGUUGCACUCUCUGAAUGCUUUUCUAGUCUGUUUUGUUUUUUUCUAAGCGCUGAAUAGUCAUCAGGUCAUAUCCCCGAGGUCAUCUUAUAAAGCCAGGUGCCUCAUCGGAAGGUGGACUGAGAGUGAUAGCAGAUGGAGGUUCCAGUUGAGCAGGA